UGAGAAAGACCCAGCAGCAGGCUGAGCUUUUAAAACACCAGAGGAGACUAUAAAAACUGCUCCAUGCCCCGCUGCUGGAGCGGACCUCAGAGAGGAGGAGAAGGGAGGACAGCAGUCUUCUCACAGUUCAUCCUGUGUUUAGUUUAGUUUUUCCUCACAGGAGUGAAAUCUCUCUGCUCUGCGAAGACAGUUUAGUUAUUUCCACUCAGUGAUUAGGAUGCGCGUCUUCUGCGGCUCUGCUUCAGUUUGACGCAUCUGAGGCGCACUGAGCGGACCAAGAGUUGGACUCCUUAUUAGAAACUGUUCCGCUCAGUAGUUUAAAUUCUCCACUUUAAAAAUGGGAUCGCACAGGUUAGAAGCGCUAAUCAGGAAAAGUUUGCAGUGGACGGUGCUGAUCCUCUGGCUGUCCACGUUUGUUAACGGGACCUGGAAGACUGGACUUUACAAAGGAUAUUCAGCUGGAGCGCAGAAAGCAGCCGCUCACACCUCAAUCUAUCAGAAAAGGAACUGGUGUCCUCACACAGUAACUAAGACGGUGACCUGCCAGGUACAGAAUGGGACAAUCCUCCAGCGGGUCUACCAGACCUGCCGCUGGCCACAGGGAUGCUCAGGAGGCAGCUAUAAGACAGUUGUGAGACCAUCGUACAAAGUGGUGUACCGCACUGUGACCUCGCUUGAGUGGAAAUGCUGUCCAGGAUUUAGUGGCACUGCAUGUGCAGAAGGUAAGAGAUAUUUAAAGGAGGAUUUUCAGGAAUAUGGAAACU